UGCUCCUAAUCUGGGAAAGCAGCCGCCUGGGGCUGACCCAUCCGCCGCCUCCUUCAUUCCCCCCCUCCCCAGUCCGGCGGGGACCGCGGGGACCAUCCCGCCGGCUGCCGGCGGCCUCCGAGGGCUUUGGGCAGAGCCUCCCUGCCCUUCCUGCCGGGCGGCCGGGUUUGGCAAACCUGCCCCAUCCCGCUGCCUACGCCCCGGCCGGGCUCCCGGCGCGGCUGGGCCAUGUGGGCUGUGUUUGUACACAGAUGAGUAAUCCCGUCACCCGGAGCCAGCGCCGGCGAUAACGCAGCAUCCCACCCAGCCCCGCUGCCGGGAGCAGCGCCAGCAGAGGUGGAGGCGGAGGGGGCAGAGGCGGCGCUGCCGAAGGGGCCAGCGGGCCACCCAUCCUGAGCUCCGGGAGCAUCUCUUCGGCCAUCACGGGGCAGCCCUGCCCCCGUCCCAUCGCAUCCCCGGCGGGGUGUGAGAUGCGGCCAGGCGGGGUGUGAGGCACCGCCAGGGCUCAUCCCCAGGGAAGCUGAGCCGAAAACAUCCCUUGGAGCUGGAGCCCCGACCCGCACGAUGCUGAGCCUCAAGUUACCCCGGCUGCUCAGCAUCCACCAAGUGCCUAAGGGGUACCAGGAGCAGGGGAUCCUCUUCGGGUAUCGCCCCCCCAGAAGCUCGGCAGCAGAUUGCCUCCUCAGCGUCUUCCAAAUGACGAACGAGACGCUAAAUAUCUGGACGCAUUUUGUACCUGCCUGGUACUUCGUGUGGACCCUGGUGGGGCGGCUGCGGGGGCCGGGGGGCCGGGAGGACCCCCACGCCUGGCCCCUCCUCGCCUACCUGCUGACCUGCUGCAUCUACCCCCUGGCCUCCAGCUGCGCCCACACCUUCAGCACCAUGUCCACCCGCGCCCGCCACAUCUGCUACUUCUUCGAUUACGCCGCUCUCAGCAUGUACAGCUUGGGGUCGGCGCUGGCGUACUCGGCGUACAUCUUCCCUGCGGAAUGGGUCAACAGCACCUUCCACCGCUGCUAUGUCCCCGUUGCCGUCUUUAACACUGUCGUUAGCACCAGCCUGUCCUGCUAUUCCAGGUUUCUGGAGGUGGAGCGGCCCCGGUUCAGCAAGGCUUCCCGCACCCUGGCCUUCGUCUACCCGUACCUCUUCGACAGCAUCCCUCUCUUCUACAGGUUCUACCUGUGCGCGGCGGAGAGCUGCACGGAGGCUGCGAUCCUGCUCCACUACAAGCACACCGUCUUCGCCUUCCUCACCUGCUUCAUCUUCGCCAGCCACCUGCCAGAGAGACUCGCGCCAGGACACUUCGACUAUAUUGGGCACAGCCACCAAGUUUUCCACGUCUGCGGGAUCAUCGGCACGCACUUCCAGAUGGAGGCCAUCAUGAUGGACAUGGCCGAGCGCCACGACCGGCUCCUGCCCCCCGCGCUGCUUCCCUCCUCCCUGCAGACCCUCGGCGCGAUGGGCAUCUGCGUGGCCGUGAGCCUGGCUGUCAUCGGGCUCUGCUCCAUGUCCCUGCGCUUCAUGCUGGAGCCCCUGCAGAGAGAAAAACCACACGGGCAUUAGGCUUCGGGUCUCAAAAGUAUUUAUGCUGCUCCAUAGGACAGACCCUAAACGAUAGGUGUAUGGUAUGGAUGAGGAGUUUAUUUGCCUAAGCUCUCUGAGAAAAUGUUUAUUUAAAAUUUUCUCGAGAGCAAAACAUAUUGCACUGGUUUUUGUACAUAUAGCUUUAAAGCUGGGAGCAAUUAUGAAAUGCUUUUAAUCAAGUUGCUAUUUCACCACAAGAAAUAUUUAAAAUAAUCUUAACCUUUUUUCUGUAAAAGGGAGAUAAGUGCUAAUACUUUCCAAAGCAAUAGGCAUUCAUCAGGUCUGCCUUACGGAGGAAUCAGGGGGCAAGUGAACGUAGAUAACGCUGGUCAUCUGGUGACGCGGAUGUCCUUGUCAUCAGUCUAGACCGAUAGCCAAGACUCCUUGGCAAAGGCACGAGCAAGGGGUCUCCCAGGGGCUCCCUAACUAAGGUUUUCACCUUGAAAGUGGCAUUAUUUUGAGAUUAAAACCUCAAAUAUCCCUGUUACACAGCCUUACACAAAACCGAAGUGCCUGACAGAUGUGGGAUUCAGAGAGACUAGAGUUUGCCUACGCUUUGAAUUCAGCUAUCUUUAAUCAUUACCCGGAAAGAGUUAUUCUAGAAGAACUCUUCAUGGGACGUUCUUCCAGAAUAGCUUUAUUUUGGGUCCAAUUCCGGUGCCUAGGUAAGUCCUGGGAAAUUAAUUCCCAUGGGAGAGGUGAGCUCCCGCCUGCGCGGGCGAUGCGAUUGCCCGGCGGCUGACGCAGCCCCAAGCGCGGGGCACGGAGGCACCAUCCCUCCCUCCUCAUGCCAGGCACCUCCGUCCUGAGCUCAUUUGUGGCGUCAAACGUAAACGGAGGAAGAAAUACCCACACCCACCAGGCGACGACCUGGACUUCCUUACAAGCGCUGUUUUGUACCCAGUGUUUAACACCGAAGCUGGCUGCGGGCAGCUGUGCUGUCCCGAAAAGGUGUUUGACACCCUGUUGAGGGCACUGAGAAAUUCGUGACUGCCACAUCGAGCAGUGAUUUCCCGGGUGUUGCUGGAGGCGGGACCCUUGGUCGGAGGGUGUGACUGGUGGUAGAGCCAUCACCUCUGAACCGCUCUGGCUUCUGGUCCCGCUCACACAGAACAGUGUUUUUCUUUUCAUGAGUGAAUAGGAUGGGGGUGUCUGCGGAGAAUAAAACAUCAGCUGAGCAAGAAGCGUGAGUCUGUGCAGCGGAGAGACACGAGCACUGUCGGAUGAAAGGCAGGAGUUAGAACAGCUGAGCUGGUAAUGCACAGGGGGUGAAAACCUCUAAUUUUAAAGCAUUUUCGGAGUCAGAGCUCUGCUCAUGCAGCAAUAGCCUUAUGCUCCGGCUGUUCCUCCUUGUUUUCCUUUGCUGCUGCAUCUGGAUUUCCCAGGCAGAAGCAGAGAGCCCUGGAGAACCCGGUCCGGGAGAGGGGGAGGCAGCCCGCGGGGACAGCUCAGCUGGUGGCUCCAGCCACGGAGGUUGUCACGUCGGAUUUACCUAACGCCGCGCAGGAGGUACAGGAACAUGCAAUGCAAAGAUUACUGCUGGGGAAUAUUAUCAAGCUUCUUGAUAAUCAUACGGGUGUAUAAUUUGUUUUGUGUAUAAUUACCUCUAUCAAGGUAUAAUUGAUGCACUUUUGAGUGACAAUACAACGGCUCGUUAAAUAUAUUAUGGGACAAAUAAAUCUUUUGAAAAAUAGCUUUCUUUUGAAAGCUGACCAAGAUUUAUAUUAAUAUUUAUAAGCACUGGAACAUAAUUGUUUAUUCAACAGUUUUAUUUCAUUAAAAGAGAAAAGUAAUAUAACUAUCGCACUGAUAUAUGCUAACCUGAUUUCUAUAGUUUCAUAAAAGCACUGUCUGUGAAAAUUAAUCACUUCAGAGAUAAUUGCUGAUAAUUGCAAAGCUUAUUUACCUUGUAUACUCGUGUGACCGGAAAGGAAUCUGGCUCUGCGUGCAAGACGUGAUUUAAGAGUCUGUAAAACUUCCCUGAAUCAUUAUGCAUUUUCUCUUGGUCAUUUAACUUUUGAAUUUGGGAAGUCCUCUCAUCCUCUUCAGGUGAAAUCAUUUGUAGGAAAACUACAUGAAAAAAUGUAACACCAUAUUACACACUACCGUAAUCCCUCUGGAUCCUGCAGUGCUUUGCAUGGACCCUUUGGCACAUCCUUUACACACUGAACGAGUGAAUGUUUGAUGUUGAAGCAGCACAGGUCAGCCAGAUUUCUUCUUCAGCUGGAGACAGGCAUUCAAAAAUCUAUUUAAUGUACUAAAUUUUAUUCACAUAAAGAAAUAAAAACUCUGUCAAAUUGUUACAAGUAAAUAAUACAGGAUAUUUAUUUGUUGGAACGUGUUGUUUUGUUGUGUGUCUGUGUCCAAUCCGGAGCAAAUCCCAAAUGGAACUAUUAACUUUAUGACCAAAUCCCAGAGAAAAUCACUCAUCCAUCCCACGGGUAUCGUUUUCCAGGUGGGUAUCAGUACGCUGGGUUUAAUUUAUUAAGUCCUAAGUGAUCUGGGAUCGACGAGAAGCAAGACGCUGCCCUGGCAGCCAGUGGAGAUUUUUGCUGUGAGAAGUGCAGCUCCAGGCACUGUUAUCUGUUAGUUCCCAGGGCUUUGGGAAUUCAGGCCAGUUUUCAGGGUGGCAGCCCCAUCUUACCAGUUUUAGGGUGCAGGGCAAGGACAGUCAUGGCUUGUGAGGAGCUCCAUGACAGUGGGACUGCACGCAGGGCUCUGGUUCUGCUCCUGGAGAGGUCAGCUCAAUUUUGACCGCUUGUAUCCUUGAUGCGUGUUAUGAGAACAUUAAGAAAUCCGUCUGUUCCAAUGUACUUUAAAACACUGUUGAAGAAGUGAAGGCUGGCCCAGGAGAGUGGCGUGUUCUAAUAGCGGUCACAGUAAAAUUCAGCUUGUUGGGGCUUCUUUGCACUUUUUUCUUUUUUACUUUUUUCUUCGUGAGGGGAUAACUAACAAUGUAGUUAAAUUGUACUAAAAUAAGAAUUGACUGGCACCAGUGGUUUAACUGAGCUUCAGUCCAACAACCAGAAGCCUUCAGAGCUGCUACGCGGGGUUCAAACCCGUUAUUUCAUCCUUUACCCCAAUUUCCCCAUCAUGGAUUAGAAGUGCGUUUCCUUGUCAGGAAGUCGGUCUUUCAAUGGACUUGUUUGGCUGGCCUUUUUAUGUGUGUUGUAACUUGACAUUUUAGGCUUUGUUUUCCACCAUUAAGCAUUUGCUGCAGGAUAGAAAUUAAGUAAUUCACCUCCAGGCAGGUAGCGGCUCAGCCACACGGAGGCCCUGGCACAGUGAACUUGCUGAAUUACACCUCUCUUCCUGAGCCCCGACCUUUAUUUACACUAAGUAGCUAAACAGGCAAAUACAAGACAAAUCACAGCCCUGGGCGCCUUCCCCGGAAAGGCUCUCCUGGCCUAGCCUGAAGCUGGGGCGCUGAACUCCAGCGACAUCUUGUCUCCGUCCCCUCUUCAGCGUGUGGUGGGCUGGCUGCUGGAGUAGCGGCCCCGGGGUGGGAAGGCGGGGUGCGGAGGGACGGCUUCCCGCUCCCCUGCGGGGCACCCAGAGCCCUGGGCACGGAGGCUUCAGCCCUUUCCCUGAGGCAGGGCCUGGCUCCGGCCUCCAGGCCCAGCUCCAGGCUCACGCUGCCGACAGCACCCCCGGGCCCAGCCCCGGGGAUCACCGCAGGCCGCGGCAAGGCCUCAGGGCUCCCGGCGCUCCCUCCGGGCCCGGGUCCUGCCUGGCUUCGGGGCUCCCAGGCCCCGGGUCCGGUGCUCGGUGCUCGGUCCCCGCCGCCGCCGGCUCUCCGCUCC